UCUCUUUUUCACGACGGCAGCGCAAUUUUACCGACAAUAUCCUAACAGGUGGGGGGUGUCGCCCCCUCCACACCCCUCCCCCCUUUGGAGACGCCCCUGCAUAUACUUUAUAUGCUAGUUCGAAAUAUGCCUAAUAAUAAUGCUCACUGACAUUGAGCAAUAGCUCAGCACUUGCUUUGUUUCACUUGAUUCUAAUUAGAGGCAAGUUAAGAUGAAUAAUGAAUGAAUGAAUAAUUCAGUUUUUUUUUUUAAUUGAUGAAGAUUUUGGUCGUAGGCCUAUGAUCCGUAAACGACUAUUUUUUUUAUAUAAAGCAGCUAGCUAGCUAGCUGCAUUAAGCGCUUGCGCAUGCGCUAUGCGUUGCGUUCAUAAAAUUUUAGCAAUCAUCAUGUCUUCCGAAGGAACUGAGCCUGAAGCACAGGAGCAAAAUUAUCAGAAAUAUAAGAGUUUAAAGAAAUAUCAAGAGGCAGUCGACUGCUUGUCAGCAGCAGCAGAUGAAUGCCAACAGACGAGCAAUGUUAACUUGGAAAAUCUAAUCAGCAAUUGUGAUAACUGUGUUGGACUAGUUCAGCAGUUGGCGGACAAAGAAGACGACAGAUUGAGAAAGUUUGCAUUGCAACAGUUGUUGACCAGUGUCGGCCACUCUCUAGGCUCACUCAAAGCGAAGAAGGAUCAACUGAAUAAAGGACAUGAACCCUAUGUUAAAGAUGCAACAUCAAUAUCAACAGAUAAUGCUGCUGAUAAGCACAAGACACAAAGAAAGCUAAUAGUAGAAGACACUAUUAUCAGGAAAGGUAGUAUCAGCUUCCAAGAUGUAGCUGGAUUAACCGAAGCCAAGGAAAUCCUGAGAGAGGCGAUCAUCAUGCCCAUCCAAUACCCUCAUCUUUUUACAGGUGGAUUAAAACCGUGGAAAAGGAUUUUACUCUACGGUCCUCCCGGUACUGGGAAAUCGAGGCUUGCUCAGGCAGUAUCUAAAGAAAUCAACUCUACAUUUUAUUGUGUGUCAAGUGCUGAUCUUAUUUCCAGCUGGGUUGGAGAGAGCGAGAAAAUAAUCAAGGAGUUAUUCCACCAUGCAACACAACAAGAAGGACGAUCAGUGAUAUUCAUUGAUGAACUUGACAGUAUAUGUCGGAGUCGAAGCUCCUCGGAGGAAGAGCACACAAGGAGAGUGAAGACAGAGCUCCUGAGACAAAUGGAAGGUGCAGAUAACAUGGCAUCAGUGGAGAAGAUCUUCCUCUUGUGUGCCACCAAUAGGCCAUGGGAACUUGAUUCUGCUUUUCUCAGGAGAUUUCAAAAAAGGAUCUACAUUCAUCUACCUGAUAGAGAAGCAAGGAAAGCUAUUCUUCAUCUCAACACGGCUUCCUCCAGUGCAGUAUUUUCCGCAGAGGAUUUGGAUUCAUUUGCCGAUAAUACAGAGGGCUUCUCUGGGAGUGACCUCUCCAAUCUUAUCCUCUCUGCUCUCUAUGAACCUGUCCGGGAAGUACAAAAGGCAACACACUGGAAAGAAACUACAGAUGGAAAGUUUACACCCUGUGAUGAAUCCGAGCCUGAUUCCAUUAAACAAUCUAUGAGGGAUAUUCAGCCUGAGCUAGUCCAACCAAGGCAGAUUACCAUACAAGACUUUCUCAAGGCACUAUGUACAAGCCAGGGGACCAUAAGUCAGGCAGAGCUCCACAAAUUUACAGAGUUCACUCAGAAAUUUGGACACUGUGGGUAGAAUUCUACGAUUUGCACACAUUUGAGACUAACAUUACACAUGACGGAGACAAAGAGCUGAUACAGUUAUUCAUGGACAUGUCUACAUUUCCAAAUACAAUACUCUCUCCUGUACGGUUGUCAAUGGUUAAUUGCAUUAUCAUCUAUAAGGAAUUCUUGCUACCACAACAUUUGGCCAUAGAGGGCAGCACAAGCCAUGGGUAUAUUUGGCAAAGGAACUUCCAGUUCCCAUGCCAAUACAAUGUGUCGAAAACUGGAAAGUCUAAUAGAAAUAAUAGUUUCAGAACCAGUAAACUAUAAGUAACAGAUUAUGAUGGUGCCUAUAUACAUAGAUCUCAUCAAAUCAUUGAGGGGAGGGGGAGGGGGGGGGGGGGGAUGGGGGGAGGUUCAUGAAACCUGAACCACAGUUUAGAAAAAUAAGGAAUUGGUCGACUCUGCUGUACAUUCUCUAUGGAAGUUAGAAGAAACCUUGUCCAUUCGUCUUCCCCAGUAUCAUAUCAGCGCAUAAUGUGCUGACUUGCGCAGUGUGGGAGGAACAUCGUAAUUGCGGUAGGAGGUAUUGAUGAACAGGUUUGUUUGUUGAAAUAAUGGAUUUACCAUCAUAUGCUGAAUUACAUUUCAAUGAAAGAUAUAUGUCAUUGUCAUUGUAUUGUUAAUGACCAAUUGAAACGACACCAAAUACAAUUUUUUUUUAAUUCUGAGAUAUCAAGAUGGCAUGAUCUACCAUAUUAUUCUAGGUGUGUAUUACAUGUUAAUAAUAACAUUUGUAUGUCAUUCAUCAAUAAUGGGAUAAUCAAAAUGGUGUAUUAAGGGUCAAUUGAAAUGACAAAAAGAAGAAAAAAUUCUUAUAUUGAGAUAUCAAAUAUAUCUUGUCAACUAGAAAUAGAGAAGAGAAUUUAGUACAUCUUUAUGCUUUCAACAUCCUACCGGUACUUUGAAUAUAGAUCAAACUGCCUUCCUUUAUAUCCAUGUAUUGUUUUCAUCUCUUUGAUUUGUAGUUUGUAGUCUCUUACCAUUUGCAAAUACGAAAGGAUAAUUAAAGAUAGGUUGAUGAUCGAUUAUGGAAUCACAAGAUCAACACUAUUUUUACGCAAUCAAUGUUCAAAAAAAAAUUUACUUGAAUAAAGCUAUCUGGAUUAUUUCUGAUUUAAAAAAAAAGGGUAUUCUAAAUACAUUUCUAACAAAAUGUCAUUGAUAGACUUGCACAUCUACUCUGUAUCAAACUUUGUAAUAUUCUCUGGAACAUGCUUCUGCAUCGUGGAAAUGUGUCUGGUCAAUAAUCUUGUUGUGCUUGUUAUGUGCCACCAUGCUUUGUGUUAUAAAUCCAUAUUCAGAAUUUGCUUUCUUAAAGCCACACUGUCCUAAUUGUAGCUACUUGCUCCCUCUAUAUAGAAAACUUCCCCAAUCGGUGCCUGUUGGUCCCCCAU